AUGGCCUGUGAUUUAUCUGAUCCAUCUAUUAUGAGAGCAUAUGAAGAAAUUAUCAGUAUGCAGGAUACUACUAAUUGGCUUAUUCUCGGCUAUCAUGGCACGCGGAAUAAGAUUUCCCUUUAUUCGAAAGGUUCUGGUGGUCUCGAUGAAUUUGGUCAAAAUCUCAGGGAAGAAAUAUUGUACGCGUUUUUGCGAAUCGAUGAUAAAUUUGUGUUUUUGACUGAUGUGCAAAGAGCUCGUGGUCUGGUUCACGGCCGAGUAGUUGCAGCAUUAUUCAAGAUGCAUCAAAUGCAGAUUCGAGCAUCAACCCGUGAAGAAGUUUCAGAGGUCAAAAUGCGAUUAAAACUUCUUGACGAAUUACCAAAUGUUUCGUCGUCAUUUGAACGUGAUCAGAAUCAUGAAAAUCCACAAAUAAUAUUACCACCUGAUAAUAAUGAAUCAGAGCAACAAAUUAAAGAUAAUUAUAAUGGUACCAGUGGUCUUGAUGAACUUCGUCAAAAUCUCAAAGAAGAAGUACUCUACGGGUUUCUACGAAUUGAGAAUCGAUUUGUGUUGAUAACUUAUGUGAGUGAACAAGUUAGUGGCGUACGAAGAGCUCGUGCUUUGGUUCAUGGACGAGCUGUUGGUGCUUUAUUCAAGCAGGCACAUCAAAUCCAAAUUAACGCAUCAAACGCAUCAGAUCUUGCAGAAGAUAAGGUUCGCAGUAAAUUGAAGCUCAGUUCAUCAGAUGACCGACCAAGUUCGCCGUCUCCGCAACGGCAGCAAACUCUUCGACAAAACACAUUACCCAGCUCUCCAAAGUCACCAAAUGCAAGCGAGUCAGAUGCAUCAGACCUUACUCCCUAUAAUAUUAAUGGUUCAGAAAAUGCGCGGCGCGAGGCCGAAAAGGCUGCUCGUGAAGAUGCUGAGCGCGAGAAGCUUGAGCGCGAAGCACAGAGAAGGGACGCGGAAAAAAUUGCGCAAGAGUUGGAAAAGAGACGUGCUUUCGAGGAAACAGAACGUAAGAAGCAAGAAGCUCUUGAGAAUCAGAAAAAGGAAAAGGCUUUAGCUGAAGCUAAGGCUAAAUCGGAGGCAGAGAAAAAAGUUCGCGAAGAGGCUGAAAAGAAGCGAAAUGAGGAGCUCAGAUCCAAAUUCGCCGAAUUGGAAAAGAGUGGCAAGGUUUUGCUGGAUGGUUAUAUCACAGUACAAGGCGGAGGAGUAUACUUUUGGAAACGUCGUUACUUUGAAUUACGUGGACAAACAUUAUACCUUUUCCGUGACUCCACUGACAAGCUUCCCAUUUCCAAACUCGAGCUUGAUAGUGAUGUUUCCGGUGUAUCAGACGCACAAUCCGAAGUGCUAAUACUCAACUCGUUCAAGGUCGAUUUUCGAUCAACGGAACCGUACUAUUUCUUCUCGGAUGAUCGAAAAACCAAGGAAUCUUUUGUUCAAGCAAUAGCGAGAUAUGUCAAAUAA